AUGGACGAUGAUGCAAUGCUCCAGAGCGACGAAAUCGACGUUCUGCAGUCGAUCUUUGAGGACGAGAUCCAGCUCAAGAGCGACUUGGAUCAACCCGGCGUGGCGAGGUCAUUUACUAUCUCUGUGCCUGGUCCGCAUUCCAUUGUCCUCUUGGUUCAUUUGCCACAAGGAUACCCGUCAACAGACGCUCCAAUCGCUGAAGUGUACGACUCUUUUGGACUCACGGAAGCCCAACGAAACGAGAUCUUAGCAAAUCUGGCGGCUAUCUUUGAACGAUCGCGCGGCCAAGUCUGCCUCUACGAGUGGAUCGAAGACGUGAGGGAGAAAUAUACCACUGCUGAACGAACGGGCGCUGGUGAUGGUGAUGAGGAUCAGGCGACAGCUCCAGCUGACCUCGAUGUCGUGAAGCUGUCUGGCGCAUCGUCGCAAACGAUGUCACGUCCUUGUGUUCGGACAGCACACUUGGUGCGCGACGUGGAGCGCGAAGCGGGACUUGCGCCCCUGAUAGUGCACGGUGCACCAAUCAUUGAUCGCAAAAGCACCUUCGUCGCGCACGCAUGCCCCGUCAAGUGCGUCGAAGACGUGCGCUCGUUUGUUGCUCUGCUGCUGGACGACCGCAAGAUUGAACGAGCGAUUCACAACAUGCUGGCGUACCGAAUCAUUGGCAGAUUUGUAGUCAAGGACAAUGAUGAGGAUGGAGAGCAUGGGGCCGGCAACAAACUUUCGAGCCUCCUAGAGCUACUUCAGGUCGAAAACGUGGCUGUCGUGGUGACGCGAUGGUACGGCGGCAUCAAGCUUGGUCCCGACCGCUUCAAGCACAUUAACGCGUGCGCACGACUGGUACUCGAGGAACAUGGUUUUCUUAGCCACCGCCGCGACAACAACAACAACAACAACAAAAACAAGCAGUGA